GCCCCCUCGUCGACGGUGAGUUAUCUAGAACAUCCCAAUGAAAUAGAUUCUAGACAAAGAAAUUAUUUCUCGAAAACUUGGCAGUUGAUAGAUUAGAUUUCAAUCCUCAUAUAAUACCUUGGAGGUGGCGAUAGUUCCUGUUCUUCUUGGGUGAGCGAAAAGUGGAGACGUUAACUACUACUUGCUUGCUUGCACUCCGUGCUUGGAAUCCUGUUCCGUUUCUUUUGCAUCUACUAAGUCAUAUAUAACAUUAUAUCUCAAGUCUCAAGACGAGACUAUUCCCCGGUUCGAGGAAUCAUGACGACUCCUCAGCAGACAAAACCCGCCGUGGUUUGCGUAUUUUGCGGCGCCAUCUCAGGCAACAAUCCAGUUCAUCUCGAGAGUGCGCGCGCCCUCGCGCGCACCUUUCACGAGAACAACGUACAACUAGUCUAUGGCGGUGGCACGGCCGGUAUUAUGGGCGAGCUUGCUCGUACUCUUGUCUCAUUAUCAGGCCCGCGUGCGGUUCACGGCGUGAUCCCUCGCGCUCUCGUGUCAGUUGAAGAAGGAUACAAGGAGAGCAAUGCGACCUCGACAGCAGGGGCUACUGAAAUCGCCCAACAGCGGUCUGGCGGAAAGGCGCCAGAGCGAAUCCUUCCGUCAUCAGGCAAGGACGCCAUGGUUGAGGAGACACCUUAUGGGAUCACGACGAUCGUCGAGGACAUGCAUACACGCAAGAGGUUGAUGGCGACGAAAGUGCUAGAGGGAGGACCUGGGUCUGGGUUCGUCGCUCUGGCAGGUGGUUUCGGUACGAUGGAGGAGGUCAUGGAGAUGACGACGUGGAAUCAACUCGGCAUUCACCGCGUGGGUAUCGUGCUGUUGAAUGUGGGGGGUUAUUGGGAUGGUGUGUUGGCUUGGGUGCGGAACGCAGUUAAGGAAGGGUUCGUGAGCGAGGCAAAUUCAAACAUCUUGGUCGAAGCGAAGGAUGUCAAUCAGGUCUUGGAGGCGUUGAGGAAUUAUAAAGUGAGCGAAGGGCGACUGCAGUUGAAAUGGGGACAAGAGUAAACUGUGGAGUUGGGGAAUGACGUGCUCAGGUUCGAGAUAACCCAUUCAACCUCAAAGGGCCGUGAUCUAGAUGCGUGGAUCCGGGGAACUUCAAUAUAGAUUGAGAAGUCCCGGCUCACUGUACAUAAUCUACAGAUUUACGCUAUAUAUGAUAAGAAGAUAGAUCCCGCUACGAAUCGAUGAACUGCUAAAUGAUGAGACGAGC